CAGUCGUACUGACAUUGCCUGAGAUGCAACUAUAUUGUUUCAAAAUGUAGAUAUUUGUUGUUAUUUCAUGCAUUUGUUGUUGUCACACAUCCUGAUCUUAUUGUCUGUGUCAUUUUGGGGGAACAAAAUGUAAUCUGAAUCUCGCUACAUAAGCUAUGGGAGGCGGAAGAAGGCCAUUUCAGGACGGAACAAUCAUGCCUGCGUUAUGUAACCCUACACUGCUGGAACAUUGGUCAUACUUGACUUCAAGCACGCGCUGUCACUGGUGGUGAGUGUUUAGCAGCUUCAUCCUCGUCCAAUCCUGUGUGCACAGUGUAAUUUCCUCAUAUCAAAACACAGAGUGGGAUGGGCUCCACGGUCAGACUCGUGAGGAACACUGGAGUAACGCGGGACUCGUUGUGGUGUGGGUGAUUUAGGCUACACGCGCAUCCUUUGCGACUGGGGGAAUCAACACCAAACAUCCAGAUCCAACGGGGAAAAGGCAGCGUUAAGCACAAUGGGACCAUUCCAGGAAUAUGAGGAAAAGAAGUCACCGGGGAAGGAGAGCCCCCGCAGUCGCAUCCCACGCUUGAUCCUACAUCCUUUCCACCCUAAUGAGAAAGGGUCACCCCUGUCCGAAUCACCCAUUUCAGAGGAGGAGGGUAAGGACUGUGACAUCAGCUCGGACAACUCCAAACGGACCAUCAGCACCAACAGCUUUUGCUCAGGCUCAGACAACAGUCCGCAUGGCUCCCCCAAGCUCACCGCCGAGUGCAAGACCAAGGUGAAGAGGGUGAGGGUGAUGGAAGAGUGGCACGCACCCCCGCCAAGGCACAAGAGGGAGCAGCGAUCGUCCACAUUGCCCAGAGGUAGUGAGGCAGACUUCAGCUCCUCUAGCAGCACGGGCAGCCUAAAGAGAGGGGGGAGCCUGGCCCACAACUCCACAGGGAAGAAGGUCUCCUCACGCAGUCGUGGUGCCCACAUCAGGAGCCUCCCUGUGUUCAAGCUGGCAGGGAUCCCCUCAGCAUCCCGUGAUGCGGAGCUCUAUGCCCCGUACAGGACAGUCCCCUCAUCCACCAACAGCAGCAGCAUCUCCAGCCCCACAGUACCCUCCAGGAUGACCCCCGGACAUUACCACUCCUGUGUGGACAAGCAUGGAUUCAGACCGCCCAAUCCAGAGCAGUACCUCACCCCCCUGCAACAAAAGGAGGUGGCCAUUCGCCACCUGAGGAGCAAGCUGAGGGAAGCGGAGAACACAGUCCACGACAGGGAGUCUGAGAUUGAGAAUCUCAAGUCCCAGCUGGGACGGAUGAGGGAGGACUGGAUCGAGGAGGAGUGCCACCGCGUAGAGGCGCAGCUGGCCCUGAAGGAGGCACGCAAGGAGAUCAAGCAGCUCCGGCAAGUUGUGGAGACCAUGAAGAGCAGUCUGAUGGAGAAGGACAAGGGCAUCCAGAAGUACUUUGUCGACAUCAACAUCCAGAACCGCAAGCUGGAGUCCCUGCUGCACAGCAUGGAGAUGGCCCAGAGCGGCUCCACGCUGCAAGACGAGCCAACCAUGGACUUCAUCUGCGACUCCGACUCCCCUGUCAACGACAAGCAGGGGGAGGUGGGUGACCAGGYGGUGGAGGAGAUGGCAGACGGUGGGCUGCUGUUCAACGACAACCUGGCGCAUGUGCUCAUGUCCACAGCAGUGAACUCUAGCGGUAAGCUACGCUGCCACCCAGAGGCUGGUCCUGGGGUGUCCACUCUACUCCACAGUCUGGAGGAGGAGAAGAUCGCACCACUGCCUCCACCACCCUCCAACACGUUCUGCUACAGYACACUCCCCUUCCCUGCUCCAGUGGAGAAGGCCGUUCAGACUGAGAUGGUGUCCUUCCCUCCUGACCUGCACAGCCUCCUGCUGCAGCUGCUGAAGCUCCAUGGUGGUGCAGUUGGAGAUGCUCUCCUCCCAGCUUCUACCAGCCUCCUAGAAAUCCCAGCACAGCAGGGCCCAGACUUGGCCCCUGUCCCGUCCACCUUAAGCCUGCCUAGCUCCUGCCAGCCCAUCCCAGUUCUGCCAGCGAGCCCUUACAUGUUAAGUAAUUCAGGGCUGUGUUGCUCAGACCCUGAGGUGGUCUCCAUGCGCUUCAUGGAGGAGCUGGAUUUUGAGGUGAGCAGUGAGGAGCCCUGCAGGGCCCCCGAGAUGGACGUGGUCAACAAACGCUAUUGGAGCAGCAGCUUCCUUGUUGAUCUUUUUGCUGUGGCCGUACCAGUGUUGCCCACGGUGGCCUGGCUGUAUUCCCGGCAUGGCGUGGAUGGGGCGGCGCCAGUCUACAACAUCGCAGCAUUGAUCCGUGGCUGUUGCAUCAUGGGAUUGCACUCUCUCCGUCACGUCACUCAUCAUGGGGCAGAUGUGUAACGGUCUCCGACCCCCGCAUGCACAGCCCGACCCCUCAACUUAAGGCACUUCCACAUCUGUUAAUCAAAGAGUAUUUGUGGAUCUUUAGUUUUUCUACACUUGUGAAUAUUAAUGCUACAGUUAUUACUUUUGGUUCCCACGUGUUUACUUUGCACUGUGUACAGUUGUUGCUGUGAGAAGUCAUUGUUUAUGGUGAAGGGAUUUUGUUAAUUUUAUUUAUUUUCCCUCUGUUCUSUUAUCAUAAUUGUGUAUAAUCCGAGUAGGUGGUUAUGCAUCAUUGAUGUCCUGGGCUGGCACUAGUUACCCCUACUUAAAGCAGCCAUGUUAUUUUUCUGAAAGUAUUAGGAUUUCUGAGGGUGGGGAUGAAAUUGAAUGUUAGUUUGAUCAAGUGUUUGUAAUGGUUUAUGUUCCAAAAURAUCUUAAACCUGCAGCCAAAGCUUUAUUAAUGAACGUUUAGUCUUUAUUUUUCUACCUAGAAGUAGUGUACAUGUGUAACAAAUUGUUGAUAGGUGUAUGAGACCAACGCUUCAAAACAACCCAUACUUGUUUGUGCCUGAGCUACUGUGUGUAAUACUCUUAACAUCAAAUGUCCUAAUAUAUUUACUAUUAAAGCAUGAUAAUCCCA